AUGGCUUCGGAGCGGUCUUCUAUGCUUGAGCUGUCUGAAGAACUGACAUGUCCCAUUUGCCUGUCCAUUUUCCAGCAACCAGUUACAACGCCAUGCGGUCACAACUUCUGCCAGAGCUGUCUGGACCUGACUUGGAGGACAAAUGAGGAACUUUUUGGGGGUUACAGCUGCCCGCAGUGCAGAAAACUGUUUGUGGCCAGACCUGUCCUGCACAAAAACACCGUUCUUUGCAGUGUAGUGGAGCACUUCCAAGAUUCCACUGCAGAAGACUCCAGUAGUGUUGACGAAUCAUGCUUACUGCCCGAGGAUGUACCCUGCGAUACAUGUAUGAGGUAUAAAGCGACCAAAACGUGCCUCACCUGCAUGGCAUCUUACUGUGAGCAGCACUUAAAACCGCACCUGGAGAGCCCUGCUUUUCAGGGUCACUUACUGAAUGAACCCUUGAAAGACCUGCAGGACAGAUUAUGUCAAGAUCAUAGUAAGCUGCUUGAGCUCUUCUGCAGAACUCAUUCCAAGUGCAUCUGUUAUGUCUGCCUGAUGGAUCAUAGCAAGGCUUGCAAAGUCUGUCAACUUGAUGAAGGGAAACAAGACAGAGAAGCAAUGGUAAAGGAGAAAUUGUCUGUGCUUUACAAAGAAAUAAGUAAAGCAGAUGAGGGCUUGGAAGAAAUGAAGAAGCAGGAGAAGUCUUGUUCAGAAGCAGCAGCUCAGAAGAGGGCUUUAUUGGAAAAUGAAUUUUCUCUAAUGAAAAGCAUACUUGAAAAAGAAGAGAAAGAUGCCAUAAAAUCUGUGGACCAAGAAGAAAAAAAAAUGAAAGGAGACAUUGGAUAUUCAAGUAAAGUAAUUGCUUAUAAAAAGGAAGAAUAUACAAAGCUGAAAGAUCAAAUGGAACUUUGUCUUCAGAAAAGUGACAAUAUUGCAUUUCUAAAGGCUGUAUCAGAACUACCAAGUUCAGGAAUAAAGAAUAUUUUCGUUCCAAAGCAUGACAUUGAUCAUAAGAAGCUGCAGUACAGUUGUGAUAAUGCAACAGCCCUCAAGGAUGUUCUUAAAAUGGCAGUAACGCAACAACUGGAACAGCGACUACAACUUUCUAGAAAAACAGAUAAAAAAUCAGAUGAUCACACAGCUGAAGUCCCUGAUAUUGAAACUGGAAAGAAGCCGUCUAAAGGCAAAACUGGGCCAGGACCUGAUAAAAAAUCUGAUGAACCAGAUCAGGAAUUCAAAAAGAAACCACCUAAGGGUAAAAAGGGGCCAGCAUCUGGUAAGAGUGCUGACAGAAGACAUUUUUCUGGUCCUCAAAGUUCCACUGAAGAUAGAGGAGAAUAUGUGCCUGAUAUGGGAAAUAUGCCAGCACCACCACAGCCACAGCCUUCCUAUGGACCAUCAGAUCGACCACGCACACCUGGUAUGGGAAAUGUACCACCACAGUCUCAGCCUCAGCGUGUACCAUCAGAUCGGUCACGUAUGGCUGGUAUGGGAAAAGUGCAGCCACCAAAGCCUUACCCUGGCAAUUUGCCAUCAGGUGGACCAACUACCUCAUCACUAAUGACCCCACCAUCAGGUUGUCCACCUGAAUUCAAUCCUUUCUUUGGUGGUUUCGUUUAUAAAGGACCAGAUCCGUCCAUUACUGGAUUUCAGGUUCCUUUUACAAUGCUACCAAGAAUGCCACCACCAGAACAUGUACAGUAUUCAUCUAAUCCUCCUACUUUUGGGAUGUUUGUGCCACCUUGUCCCAAGGAAAAAGAAGCUGCUCAACCGACAGUCUCCCCUUCAUUUAAGAACAUGGAGACUGUGACAAGGCAAGAACUCCUACUGUAUGCCUGCAGGCUUACAGCAGAUCUGACUACAGCACAUAAGAGAGUUACCUUAGCGGAGAAAUUUAAAAAAAUUUCUGUAUCCGAGGUACCACACAAUUAUCCGGAUAAUGCUGGAAGGUUUUCCAGCUGCGCACAAGUUCUAUGCACCCAGAGUUUCUCUAGUGGGUGCCAUUAUUGGGAGGUAACAUUGAGCAACCCCAACAGCUACUGUGGCAUUGGUGUGUCCUACAGAAGUAUCGAGAGGACAGGCCCGAGAAGUCGACUUGGAAGAAAUAACAUGUCCUGGUGCAUUGAAUGGUUCAGUGUAAAACUUUGUGCCUGGCACAAUGAUAUAGAAACUGUUUUGUCUAACCCAAAUCCAAGCAAAGUUGGUGUUUUUCUAAACUAUGGUGAGGGUAAGAUAUGUUUCUUUGCUGUCAAGGAGACAGUGAAGUUAGUCCACGAGUACCAAGCCUGCUUUACUGAACCAGUUCAUCCUGCCUUCUGGGUCUUUUCCAGUGGCACUACUCUUUCUUUGGUCUAGUUGACAUGUGGUAUGAAUGGUAAAGUACGAUUAAUUAAAUGGUAUCAGAAUGCAUCUUUAUUUUAGAUGUUUGGAACUGGUCUUAAUUCAGUAUUCAAGAUGCAUGAAGGAUUUUUAUUGCUGUUCAUUAGCUUUUCCUUCAUUCAUAUUCAUUACUGGCAAAUCUUAUUAUACACAUACUUGAAUAUUUUAAAUAAUAGCUUUUAAUUAAUUAAAGCUCCACUACAUAGACAUUAAUAGCAAUAUAUAAUUUAUGUUUCAAUCUUGCUGUAUAUUUGUGAUUUCAGUUGGUUUGUAGGGUGCAUUUUCAGUGCUAUAUACCCAGCUUUUCAAGUUUCUUAUAAUGAUACUUAAUCUCCUUUCACAUACCUACAUUUCUGAAUAAUCUGAGUUUUAGUCACUUUACAUCAUCUCAGUCAGCAGCAUCUCAGACACAUUGUUUUCAGUUCAUUAACUCAAAGAUUAGUAUUUAUUUGAUGCAUGGUAAAGGUAUAAUCAGUCUGGAGCUUUUACAAAUAUUAGAUGCUCAUCAUUUUUUUUUUUGGCUGAAAAGAAAUUGUUUUGUAGACCACUCACUGACUUGACUUUUACACCUUUUGUCUAACAAACAGGACAGAAUAGUUUGAAACUUAGUUUCUGUGAUCUAACUGUUCAGAUGUGUCAUCACAAAUUGAAACACCUUUAAUGAGCCAAAACUUAUCAUUUUUUGUCUGUGCUGAUGGCUGUUUCUACAUUCUUCAUCAUCAGGUUAACUUGAGCAGCAGAUAAGGUGUUUUGUGAGAAGUAAUGAAGCAUUUAAACGUUUCAGUCAUUAUGAUUAGGAUGGUAGCAGACAUGCCAGCACUUCAUCACACUCUGGUUUUAUGAGGUACCCUCAUAAUUAGAUGGCUUUGUUGCACUCAGUACACUUUUGUUUUCAUUAAUUGCUGUGUUUAAUAUUUGUUUGAAUUCAGUAGUACCUAUUGUAUCCAUUUCAUUUCUGUUAUCAGUACUCCUAAUGUCUGCCUAAAAAGUUAUUUUCUCAGCUUUCAGUUUCUGUAUAAUUCUCUCACCAUAAAAUAUUUCACAUUUCUGCAGAAAGCUAUGUUUGCCCUAUUACUUUAUCCUACUUUAUAUAAAAUUAGUCUCUGGGGAGCAGCACACAAUUGUAGAUAGUAAUAAUGUAUUUCUGUGUCCUUUCCUUACAUUGUUAUAUUUUCAUUAAUUACUGUACUGCUAUAAUCUAGCAACUGCAUAAGUCAUGUUUGUGUGACUGUCUGCUUAGAGUAGGAGGACCAUUCCAAACAGAGGCAUGUGUGAGAGGAGCUCAUCUUCACAGAGCCAGUGGUAAAGGGUUACUAAAGGGAGAGGAUUGGAUGGAUGUACAUAUCUUGAUUAUUUCCAAAUGUUGAGUAGGAGUCUUGCUUUCCUGAAAAAGCCUUUCAGUGGGGGCCCAGAAACUUGAAUUACACAGCUACUACUGUACUUGUGACUCUGUUACCCAUAUUAAUUUUCUUGUUCAUAGAAAGGGGGGAGGAGUAAUUGAUAGGAUAAAAGUAAAACUCACUCUCCCAGCUGCCAAAGUGGCAUAAUUUAGCGAUGCCUCUAUUUUCUCCAUAUGGUCCUAGAGGUGACAGUGUACUUGCGGUCUCUAAGGCUGCUGUUAAACUCUUUUCUAGUUUUGUUAUGCCUUGAAAUAACAUAGGAAAUAUCUAUUUAGAAUAACCCAUUCUAAACCAGAUUGCUGCUGAGUUAUUCAUAAAGUUAAACAUUCCUUUUGGAGUCUGCAGUGGUUUGAGGUUAUGAUAACUUGGGCUGCUCAUAACAGCUAAUUUUAUUUAUUGCAAUAAUACAUGCUGCAUGUCUAGGUGUAUUAUAAAAAGGACUUUCAAAUGAGUGGUAGAGAAAUGUGUUGAGAUGGUAUCUUAUUUCUCAGAUGUACUAUCUCAGAGUCCUGCAUUUUCUAGUUUGUUUGCUAGAUUCAAAGCACUGUUUUUGGACCAGAGGUGGAAAAAAAGACUAAAAGCAUAUUUGUUAUGUCCUUUGAGUGUCUCUGCUGCUGCUGUAUGACUGAAAACCUGUCUGCUCUGAUUAUUUUCGAAGUAGAUUCUAAGUUUUAAGCUUCGUUUGGAAAGUGCAAGGGAGUUGUUUAACUAGAGUGCGGUAUAUGUUUAAACAGGGUCUGUGUUUACCCAUCGAACAAAAAGUUAAUGGAAUGGCUAUUCAAUGAACACUAAGCCUUGAACGUCCCUUAAUAGCAGUCAAAUCAUCGUAAAGACAUUCAUCAAACUGGAAUAGUUGGCCAACAACAAAGAAGUACUGUAUUGUAUAAUGUAAAAUAAACAAAACCUUUUAUAAAUUUGCCAU